AUGGAGAGGUUUUUUAAAUCUAUACCAAAAAGUAUUGAAACAAGAACUGGUUCAGCGUCUGAUGUAAGUACUGUUGCACAAAAGAAAAGUCGUGUCGAGUUUGAUCCGAGUGAUAUCAUUGCCGACCCAGGGCUUCGAAAACCAAUCGAGGAAUAUGACACAGGAACAAGAGAUCAAGUAAGGAGAGAGUAUUUGUUAAUGGGUCCAUGUCAACCAGUUGGCCACAAUUUUCCUAGAAAACAACAAGGAAAAGAUUUGAGAAGCUUUAAAGAAGUGUGGUUUCAGAAAUUUGAUUGGUUGGAAUAUAGUAUGGAGAAAGAUGCAGCUUAUUGUUUUUAUUGCUAUCUUUUUAAGCAACCAAGCGGUGAUAAACUUGGGAUUGAUGCCUUCACGAAGACAAGGUUUAGCAAUUGGAAGAAAGCAGUGGAAGUUUUCACUGAGCAUGUUGGUGGAGUUAAUAGCAACCACAACAAUGCAAGGCGACAUUGUGAGGAUUUCAAAAAUCAGAGGCAAAGCGUGUCGCAUAUAUUCUCUUCUCAUAGCAAAGAAAUGGAGGUUGCAUAUAGAGCUCGUGUCACUGCUGUUUUACGUGUUGUUAGAUUUCUUCUGUUGCAAGGUCUUGCUUUUCGUGGACAUGAUGAAUCUUCAAGUUCUACUAACAGGGGCAACUUUUUAGAGAUGCUGAAUUGGUAUGGAACAGAAGUUGAAAGUGUUGGUCGUGUGAUUAAUGAAAAUGCUCUUGGAAAUAAUCAAAUGACCUCUCCACAAAUACAGAAAGAAUUAGUGAGGGCUUGUGCAGAAGAGACCACGCGGGCUAUUAUUAAUGAGAUUGGAGAUAGUCAUUUCUCUAUACUUCUUGAUGAGUCUCGUGACAAAUCAGUAAAAGAGCAAAUGGUUGUGAUUGUAAGGUUUGUGAAUAAGCAAGGUCGAGUAAUUGAAAGAUUUCUUGAUGUUGAACAUGUUGCUGAUACUUCAGCCCCUUCAUUAAAGACAGUUUUGGAUGGAUUGUUUGCCCGUUUUGGUUUAUCUAUUUCUAGAUUGAGAGGGCAAGGAUAUGAUGGAGCUUCUAAUAUGAAAGGGCAAUUUAAUGGGUUGAAGACAUUAAUUUUGAAUGAAAAUCCAUUUGCUUUUUAUGUCCAUUGCUUUGCCCGCCAAUUACAGUUGGUUGUAGUUUCUGUUGCGAGGAACAUUUUGGCUAUUAGUGAUUUUUUCAGCUAUGUCACUAUGAUUGUGAGCAUUGUGGGUGCUUCCUGUAAAAGGAGAGAUGCAUUGCUUCAGAAGCACCAUGAUAAGAUUGUGGAGAAAUUGGAGAAAGAUGAGAUCUUUUCAAGAAGAGGCCAACAUCAAGAGACUAAUCUUGCAAGACCUGUAUUAGAGGUGUUAGAGAAUGUGUGUAAUGAUGGAAAUGUUGUAGAGCAAAGAGGCACAACAUCGGGUUUGAUACAAAGGAUGGAGAGUUUUGAAUUUAUAUUUAUCUUGCAUUUGAUGAUCAAAGUACUGGGAUUAACUAAUGACUUGUCAAAUGCCUUGCAGCAGAAAGAUCAAAACAUUGUUAAUGCAAUGGGGUUGAUUGUAACUAUGAAAGAACUUAUGCAAGACUUGAGAGAAAAUGGAUGGGGUACAUUUUUGGAAGAAGUCAGGAGCUUCUGUGUUGAAAUGUCAGUUUCAGUGCCUAAUAUGGAAGAUAGUAUACCAGUUCGAGGCCGUUCGAGACGUGGAAGGCAAUUGGUUACUUAUUACCAUCAUUAUCAUGCAGAGAUCUUUAUUGCAGUGAUUGAUUUACUUACUGCUGAGAUGAAUAACCGAUUUAGUGAAACUUCUACAGAGUUAUUAAGAUGUAUUGCUUGUCUUGAUCCAAGAAACUCUUUUUCCAGAUUCGAUUAUGGUAUGCUUGUUCGACUUGCUUAG